AUGCCUCCCACAACCAGAGCCCAGGCGCACCGGCAGUCCCUCGGCGAUAUCACCACUUCAGAUUACUACGACGAUGACAACGACGACUACGGAGACGACGAUGGCGGCGGCCCCAGCAGCUCCGAGCCAGAGUCCGAUUCGGACUCGUCUCUCGUCGACGACGACGACCACUCCGUCAUCCGAUCCCCCUCCAAGCUCGUCUACAAGGUCGACUCGCUCUCCCCCGAAGCCCGCCUGCGCGUCCGCGAGGCCUUCAAGGACCCGCCCCGCCUCUCGCUGCAGUACUGCCGCCUCAGGGACGACGUCUACGCCUUCCAGAUGACGGAGCUCGUGCCCCGUUCCAUCCGUAUCGGGUCCCCCGACAGCCCCUUCGCGACGCCCCGGUGCUCGUGCCGGGAACAGCAGCAAAAGGCCGGCCCGCCCUGUAAGCAUCUCCUCUGGCUCCUGGACCAGCUCGUCAAGCAGACGCUCUACGACCACGACCCGACAUCGCCCCUGACCAUGACCGCGGACGGCUACCCAGAAGAGAUUGGCGACCCCUUUUCCGACAUAUCGGCCUUCCACCUGGACGUCCUAGCCGACGGCCUCCGCUGUGACGUCGUCACCCCAGACUCGGAAGAGGACUCUGAAAACACCGACUCCGACGACGAGGCAGAGGAAGAAGAGCAGCGGCAGCACCCGAAUCCACACCGCGUCCACGAAGCCCGCGAGAUGCUCUCGGCAGUCAUGUCCUCGUCCUCGUCCCCCGAAGACUACCGCCCAGACCUCUUCUCCGACCCGCCCUCCACGGGCAAGAAGCCCGUCAAGCGCCGCGACCUCGAGGGCACAAUCUUCCGCAUGCUCCUCGCCAACAACGACUUCUUCCACUACUUCCUCUCUCAGAUGCGCUCCACGGACCCCGUAAACGACCCCUUCCGCAAGCUCUCCCACCGCGUCCACCGCGUCCUGCGCGAGCUCCACGCCUACGCCAACACCACAUCAUCCACCAUCACCCCCUUCUCCUCCUCCUCAGAAGGAGGCUCAGCAGAGGGUCCCCGCGACGUAGCCUGGGCCGCACGACACAUCAACGGCGUAAUAGGCCUCGUCCGCACCUCAAUCUUCAAGCGCGACCGGCCCCUAGAGCCCCGGGAACGAAUAAGCGCCGCCCGCACCCUAGUCUACAUCCUCGCCGCCGUCGUAGAGCGCAACCGCGACUUCGUGCCUCCACUAUCAACUGCAAGACCCGCCGCCAUCGCCCGCCGGGACAAGAACCUCUUCCUCCGCCUCGUGGGGGACCGCGACGAAGACUUCGUCCUCGGCGUGCUGAACCUCCUCCCGCCCGACGCGGCCGCACCCUUCCUCCACAGCCUCGAAGACAUCCUGGACCAGCUGGGCGUCAACGGUGCGCCGGCCACCUACGUCGAGAAAUUCCGCUCCCUCAUUGCUCGGUUGAGGAGGUCCGGCGGCAGCGGCGGCGGCAGCAGCGGCUUGGCCGUUGCAAGUUCGUCCGGGGCGGGGUCGAAACGCCACGGACAGAGUCAGGGGCAUGAUCGGGGAUCCAAGAGGAUGAGAUGA